AUGCUCCGACUCUUCCUCUGCAAUGAUCUAAAGCCUAAGUUGCUUGUUGCGCUAUGCGUGCGAAGCUAUGUCGUUAGUGAACCUGUCCUGAAGAUUCUCGAUUCGGACUCCGAAUCCAACGUUUUUUCAGAUAUGGGUCUCGUAGAGAGAUACAAGCGCGAUAUCGAGAACGUUCUGCGCGGUGGAUAUCUCCUUGCGGGAGACUGGAUGCAGGGGAACCGCAUAAGCGACAAGGAAGCAAAGCGCUGUGAUGAGGAAAAGCGCGCAGGACAAUCUGAGAAACACGCCGCAUGA